AUGGCGUUUUUUGCAGCACUUCUAAAAACGCCACUAAAAAGUCAGUUUUAUUGUUGUGAUUUAAAAGAAUAUACUACAAGAAAAAGUUUUGUUUGCUUAUUAAUUUCUGGGCUCCAAAGAAAGGUACCAAGAAGCGCAGAUUGGGUCAUUCAAUCAGUCACAGAGGACAAAGAAUUGGCUUCAAAGAAGAACAGUCAUUCCCAUGAACCUAAGAAGCUUUUGUUCCCAAAUGGCUCCAAAACUUUGAAGGCUUCUUCUUCAGAGGUUGGAGGUGGUCACGGUGAUGAUGGUGAUGGCCAUGAUGAUGUCGAGAAGUUGAGUAGUAGAACAAUCAAUGCCUCUAUCGUUCUUGGAUUUGACACGUUUGUUGUAUCCAAGUUGCUUACAACUGAUCAUGAUUAUUGGCAUGUCUUGAAGGAGGCCUCUAAGCUUUAUACUGCAAGUUGGGUAAGGGAUAUUGGUCCUGAUCUUAGACCAAACGAUUCUAAGAAGGAUGAUGGGAUUAAAGGUAAAUCCAAUGGAGAUAAGAGUAAGAGUACAGAGAUAGAACCUUCGACCUUGGAGGAUAUUGUGAUUGCUGCAAGAGGAGGGAUGGAGACUUUGAGGCCUGCUUUACAGAGGUUAUACAUGACAAGGGCUUCAGCAUAUAGAGAUGCUCUUAAGAGUUUCAUAGAAGGAUAUCAAGAGGGUAUCCAGCAGAUCAUGGAGAAAGAGGAAGAUUCUUCUAAAGCACAGCAAGAAGGCAAUACUGAUACAACUUGAUGGCUGAUAAGUGCAUAAUCGGAGAUGCAUGUGAGUACUUCUCCAGCAUACCUAUUGUAGCUACAAGUUUGGAGAUUUGGUGGAGCUAGGUUGGCAUGAAAUCACAAGAAUGAUACAUGUCCUGAGAAUUUUCCUGUAUUGAGAAAGUGACCUUUAGAAACUACAAGUAUAAUGGAAAUCUCCAUUGACAAUGGUGAUGCUCUUUCCUUCUGUCACAAUUUAAAUGAAAUGAGAAUGUGAAGUGUAACAUUAUAUUGUUUGUUAUAUGUAACAAAGUAUCGAUUAAAAUUA